AUGGCGCUUUUCCACGUCGCACGGUACGCGGGGCUCGAGGCGGAGGGGUUAGCGGAUGGCGAGGCGAGCAGCCGGGCGCGUACGCUGCUGGAGCGGCUGCAGAGUCGGGCCCGAGAGCGGCAGCAGCAGCGGCAGCAGCAGCAGCAGGAGCCGGAGCCCGAGGAGCCCCCGGCCGCGAGGAAGCGGCGGCGGCGGCCGCGACGGAGGCGUCACGGGGGCAGCGCGGCGCCCAAGGACCCGGACGCGCCGCCGCCGAAGCGGCAGAAAGGGGAUGUUGGGGAGUCGGAGGCGAGCGCAGAGAGCAGCGAUGAGGCUUCGGCCGACAGCAGCGUGGGCGCCAAGGCGGAGCCCCCGCAGGCGGCGGCAGAGGCCCCGGAAGGAGACGCCCCAGAAAAGGCUUCUGGACCGCCAGCCCACGCCCUGGUGCUCGGGGGCUUCGAGAGGAAGAAGGCGCCAAAGGUCCAGCCUUUCCUGCCCAGGUGGCUGGCUGAGCCGAGCCGGGUGAGGAGGAAUGUCACCGAGCACCUUGUUCCAAUUGAGGACAUCCCCGAGGUGCACCCUGACCUACAGAGAAAGCUGCUGGCCCAAGGCAUCUCCUCCUACUUCCCUGUCCAGGCAGCUGUGAUCCCCACCAUCCUGCAGAGUGCAGCAGGGGGCUUCCUGGUUGCCAGAGGGGGAUUCCGGCCCAGAGACCUCUGUGUGUCAGCCCCCACGGGUAGUGGAAAGACACUGGCCUUUGUCAUUCCCGUGAUCCAGGCCUUGCUGCCCCGUGUAGUGUGCCAGGUCCGGGCCCUGGUUGUGCUGCCCACCAAGGAGCUGGCUCAGCAGGUGAGCCGGGUGUUCAACAUCUACACGGAUGCCACACCGCUGAGGGUUGCCUUGGUCACUGGCCAGAAGUCUCUGGCUAAGGAGCAGGAGAGCCUUGUCCAGAAAACGGAGAAUGGCUACCGCUGCCUGGCCGACAUACUGGUGGCCACCCCCGGCCGCCUGGUGGACCACAUCGACCAGACGCCCGGCUUUAGCCUGCAGCAGCUGCGCUUCCUGGUGGUGGAUGAGGCCGACCGCAUGGUGGACAGCAUGCACCAGUCCUGGCUGCCGCGGGUGGUGGCAGCUGUGGUGCAGGGUGAGGACCCCUCAGACCCCUGUGCGCUGUUCCAGCGGACCGUACCACGGGUUGUCACUGCUGCCAGUACCUGGACCCCCCAGAUGCCUCUGCAGAAGCUGCUCUUCUCUGCCACCCUGACCCAGAACCCCGAGAAACUUCAGCAGCUUGGUCUCUACCAGCCGCAUCUCUUCUCAGCGGGGCUGGAGCACGAGGGCCCAGACAGCACCGAGGGCGAUGCAGGGGGGAAGUAUGCCUUCCCUGAAGGGCUGGAGCACCACUACGUGCCCUGCCGCCUGAGUGCCAAGCCACUGACCGUCCUGCACCUGAUCCUGACCACGCAGCUCUCCAGGGUCCUGUGCUUCACCAACUCCCGCGAGAACGCACACAGGCUCUGCCUGCUUGUCCAGGCCUUCGGAGGGGUGACGGUGGCCGAGUUCUCCUCGCGUCAAGGGCCUGGCCAGCGGAAGCGGAUCCUGAAGCAGUUUGAGCAGGGCAAGAUUCAGCUCCUCAUCAGCACAGACGCCACAGCUCGCGGCAUCGACGUGCAGGGUGUGGAGCUGGUGCUUAACUAUGACGCCCCCCAGUAUGCGCGGACCUACGUGCACCGAGUUGGACGGACGGCAAGAGCUGGCCGAGCUGGACAGGCCUUCACACUCCUGCUCCGCGUGCAGGAGCGCAGGUUCCUGCGGAUGCUGGCCGAGGCGGGCGUGCCGGAGCUGGGGCGGCAGGAAGUCCCCGCGGAGCUGCUGCAGCCGCUGGUGCCACGCUAUGAGGAGGCCCUGGCCCAGCUGGAACAGACUGUCAGAGAGGAGCAAAAGCAGAAGAAGGUGUAG